GGUCAAAAACAUCGAUGUCAAGAUCGCGACCCUGAGAGGGAGGAGACGAUUAUUGCUCUCAGAUUAUUGAGAUCUGUUCACUGGUUUGGCCUUUUCUCGAAGAAUCAGCUAAAGAUGUUUGAUGAUCAAGGCCUGGGAUUUUUUGCCAAUUUUCUUGGCAUUUUUAUAUUUUUCCUGGUGAUAGCAUAUCAUUAUGUGAUGGCUGAUCCAAGAUAUGAAGGCAAUUGAAACUGAUGUUUGAUGAUCAAGGCCUGGGAUUUUUUGCCAAUUUUCUUGGCAUUUUUAUAUUUUUCCUGGUGAUAGCAUAUCAUUAUGUGAUGGCUGAUCCAAGAUAUGAAGGCAAUUGAAACUGGUGCGUUUUAAAUAGCAGUCUGAAUGAUACUUGCACCAUGUCAAUUUUGGUAGCUGUGUUGUAGUGGAAAUUUUGAUCUUCAAUAUAUUGCCUAGUUAUCAUCAUUUUGAAUGUUCUAUAAUCAUCAUCAUGGAAAUCAAAAUUUGUUGAAGUACUUAGCCUACUAAGAUUUUUCUGUGGCAAGAAUGGUGGCAUCAUAUUGUGCGAGACAUUCCAAAAGCUUUGCCAUUGUUAUCCUGAUAAUAAAUAUUUUAUCAUAGGAUAAACAUCAAGACUUGGUCAAUAAAAUGUACUGAUAGUAGUUAUUAAUUACGGUCUUGCAUUAUAUUUUUGAAAAUUGUAAAUGAUUACGAAAGAAGGUGUGCACUCUGUUAUAA